CAUAUCAGCUGAGUCGGAAGAAAUGAAUGGAGACAUCGUUCGAUGAUGGGUCUAUAUUUUUGAGCGAGCGAGCAGGUGCAUCUAUCCAAAUUCUUCCAUACACUGACUAAUCAUGUCUGAUAAGAAGAAUCGUGGCGGGCCAUACAAGACCACGCCGGCCACCGACCUCUCUCGAUGGCGCCUCACCAACGUGAAUGGACGACAAACCUGGAGAUACUACCCGGAAGGCGAAGAGCCCGGACGUCCACAAAACUUUGUUGAAAAGUUCUCCCUUGGAAUUGAUGUAAAUGAUGAAGCUCCACCUCUGCCCAAAGCUAGGAACGCUAAAGAAGCUGCAAGAAAUGGCAUGGAGUUUUACUCCAAGCUACAAACCGAAGAUGGUCAUUGGUCAGGAGAUUAUGGUGGACCUCUCUUUCUUCUUCCAGGUCUUGUCAUUGUAUGUUUCAUAACCGGUGUCGCACUCCCAGAUGCAUCUAAGAAAGAGAUGGUGCGGUACCUUCGAUCAGUCCAGUGCCCUGAUGGCGGAUGGGGAUUACACAUUGAGGAUCAUCCUACCGUGUUUGGUACAGCCAUGAACUAUGUGACUAUGAGACUGUUGGGUGUGUCCAAGGAUGAUCAAGAUCUCAAGAAAGCAAGGAAGCUCCUCAUGGAGAUGGGUGGUGCAGAGAGUAUUCCGUCUUGGGGUAAAUUCUGGCUCUGCGUUCUCAAUCUUUACCAGUGGGAAGGAAUGCACUGUCUGUUUCCUGAAAUAUGGUUGUUUCCUCAGUGGUUUCCCGCCCACCCAUCCAGUAUCUGGUGUCAUUGUCGUCAGGUCUACCUUCCUAUGGGAUUCUUCUAUGGCAUCAAGUUCCAGGCAGAAGAAAAUGACCUUAUCAGAGAACUCAGGAAGGAAAUUUUCAAGGAAGACUUCUCCAGCAUACAUUGGCCAUCACAGAGAAAUAACAUUUCCAAGUUUGAUCUUUACACACCUCAUAGUUGGAUGUACAAUAUUGUCAUGGCCAUCUUGGAUUUUUACGAGACUUUCCACUCUACCUGGUUAAGAAAGAAGGCAUUGGAUCACUGUUAUGAUCACAUCAAAGCUGAUGAUGAAUUCACCAAAGGAAUCAGUAUUGGGCCAAUCUCUAAAGUGAUUCAGAUGUUGGUGAGAUGGCACGUGGAUGGACCUGACUCAGAAGCGUUUAAGAUGCACAAGGAUCGUAUCGCAGACUAUUUGUGGAUUGGUCUAGAUGGCAUGAAAAUGCAGGGAACCAAUGGCUCUCAGCUAUGGGAUACAGCCUUUGCUAUACAAGCUUUCCUCGAGGCUGGAGCCGUUCCUGAUUUCAAGGACACCUUACUCAGCGCUCAUGACUUCUUGAAGAACACGCAGAUCCCAGACAACCCACCAAACUACCAGAAAUACUAUCGCCAGAUGAACAAGGGAGGCUACCCAUUUUCCACAAAGGACUGUGGGUGGAUUGUGUCCGACUGUACGGCAGAAGGUCUUAAGUCCGCUAUGAUGCUGGAGGAGAUGUGCCCUUACAUCUCUGAUCAUAUCGGCAAAGAGAGACAUUGCCAGGCAGUGGAUGUCUUGAUUGAUAUGCGUAAUCCAGACGGUGGUUUUGCUACAUACGAGACGACCAGAGGAGGAUACAUCUUAGAGAAACUAAAUCCAUCUGAAGUAUUCGGUGAUAUCAUGAUAGAUUAUACCUACGUGGAAUGCACCGUUGCCGUUCUCCUUGCCCUUAAACACUUCCACACACAAUAUCCUGAAUACAGGACGGAUGAGAUCAGAUCGGUCAUGGACCAAGCGUUCGACUACGUCAAAGGAAUGCAGAAACCAGAUGGAUCAUGGGAAGGGUCGUGGGGAGUCUGUUUCACAUACGCUGCCUGGUUUGGACUCGAGGGAUUCGGCUGUAUGGGACUCAGAUAUGAUAAAGAUCUGGCAAGUGCAGAGGUGAAGAAGGCCUGUCAGUUCUUGAUCUCAAAACAGAUGGAUGAUGGAGGAUGGGGAGAAAAGUUUGAGUCGUGCGAGGAGCGCCGCUACGUCCAGUGUGAGAAGUCGCAGGUUAUCAAUACUUGCUGGGCGUUGCUCGGACUGAUGGCUGUCAGGUACCCAGACCGUAAGGUGAUAGAUCGUGGUAUCCAGCUCAUAAUGUCAAGACAGUGUGAGAAUGGAGAUUGGCCUCAGGAGAACAUCAUGGGUGUCUUCAAUAAGUCCUGUGCCAUCAGCUACACCAGUUAUCGUAACAUCUUCCCCAUCUGGACUCUUGGACGCUACGCUAAGCUCUAUCCCAACGACGCCUCUCCGUCAGAAGACAAGUCUGACAGUAACAGUUCAGACUGGGAAAAAUUGUAAUCGUGUUAUUGAGAAAUAAAUUGAUAAUUCCAUAAAAUAUUCAGCAAUUUUAUAUGUCUGACCCACAUUUUCUUAAUUUUUCCAUGACUGAGCUCAAGCCUUGAGAAUUUGAGAACAUUUCAUAUGUUUUUUAUGAAUAAGAAAACAGAAACAAAUCAUUUAAGGAAGGAGGCAAAUUAGGGGUCAGAUUUCACAUUGUAUAGAAUUUCUCUGUUUGGUUUGAUUUGCUGAUUUUGUUUUGUGGAAUCAAGGUAAAUUUUGAUUUGAUGAAAAUUCAAGCAUUCAGAGCCAAGUCUUGCAAAAAAUAUUACAAUAGAACUUUGUUUGCCAUUAAUCUAAUGAUUUGUUAAUACAGG